AGCAGUCGACAGGCUUUCAAGAAGUAUCCUUUGAAGACGCCAACCCUUUUUUUAAAAAGGUGAGCGUGCGCACUUUCUGUCUUCAUUUUUCGCUUAUUUUUCUUUUUUUUUUCUGCCGGCUUCCGCCCUUUCGACGUUUACUCGCGUCGUGUUAAGACCUCACUAGAUCAAACUUCGCUCAGUUUUCUUUUAUCACCUUAGAUACAUCACUUUUUUUUCAACUCUUAGAUUCUCCUCUACGUGUCUUGUAUUCUUCUUCUUUCGAUUGUUGUCUAAAUACGUUUUUUUUUCUUUCUUUAUCAAUUUCUGCUGUUUGCUGUUUCAAAUAACGAUGAGCUCUGUCGCUGUCCCUGCGGCUGCCGUGCCAGCGUCGCGGCUGCGCUCGCGUUCUGUCAACACCAACCACGCCGUGUCCUCGAAAGCCGCAGGCGCGAAGGCCUCCGUGACGAAGCGGACUGCCUCGCUGAGGUCUGCGGCCGUGCGUCCGCGCAGCACCAACGCCCCCGCCGCUGCGGUGGUGCCGCUCGCCGCGUCCUCCAUGGCUCACCGUACACGCAGCGUCGUGAAGCCGUUUGUUCCCGUCGGCAGGCAGGCGUCCGCCGGGGACGCAGGCAGCGCCGCUGGAGUUGCUGCGCCGCUGCUUUCACCCCCGGCGAACACCUCUCACCCGCGCGGCGAUGCCCCGACGACGCAAUCGGCGGCGGCAAUAGCAGCCUCCAGUUUCAGGAAGACCUCCUCACGCAACAGUAAGAUUUCUCCCACCACCGUCCAGCACAGCAGCGGAUGCGCGUCUCGCCUUGACUCGGUGUGCAGCAGCCUUCUUGGUAGCGGUGAUAGGGGCUCGGUGCAACGGAAUCCUCAGACGCAGCAGCAGCACCCUCCCGUGCCACACCUCGGCCAUGUGUUUCGAACGGCACCGUUAACACGAGCAGCCACAACGGAGUGCAUCCUGCGAUCCGCACGACAGCAGCAGUCCUCUGCUACUUCCGAGGAGCGCAAGAAGUCGUCGCCGCCAAGGUUGGGCAGGUGUGGCCGCACGCAGUCCGCCAACGACAUGAUACCGCCCCCGUCGCCCCGCCCAGCUGCUGCCGUCGCCGCUGUUCUUUCUGGCCGCACCUUUGGCUCCGCCCCAGCCUCGCGGGUGAACUCCGUGAACUCUCACCUAGCGGAGGCGGAACCCACGGCCGUGUCGCGGGCACCGCGAACGCGGGUGGCGAGUGCGGCCUCAGGAAAGCGCAGCGCCUCCAGCAACAGCGACAUGCAUGGGGUUGCUCCUGCUGCAUCGGGUACCUUCGUCGCUGCACCGUCGCGCUCGACCGGUGUGCGGCCGCUGCUCGCGGCCAGUCGUCGUCUUGCACAGAAGGAAACAGCUUCCACCGCGGGCGCGUCACGCCUGCGCAAUUUGAGUGCGUCAGCGACGCAGCGCUCCUCCUCCCCGUCUGCGCAGGCGAAGACGGACAGCCGCGGCGCGCGUGUGGCGGUGGCGGCUGGCCCGUCGCCCUCGCGCAAAGGAGCGCGGGGACGGUCGGAUGCGGCGCACGUCGCCACCGCCGAUGCCGCCUUCCCGCCCCCGCCCCCACUGUCCUCGAAGUUUCAGCAGACGCACACCGGCUGCCCCCCUCCGCUCUCGUUUGGUGGCUCUACUCGUGGCGCGGCGACGGCUGGUGCCGCACCGAAGGGGCCGGUGUCACCCAUCCGUCGCACCGCCACUGCGUGUCCCGGCAGCGCUCAGGUGUACGCCGCUGCCCCGCUGCCGGAGGAGGACGCCACGCGCGACUCCGCUGGUUUCAGCGCGGUGGUGGCGGACACAGUCUUCUCGUGCCCGUGGCUGAAGCCGGGAACGUUUUCCACUCCCACCAACCGCGACGGCGGCCGUGAGGCGAGUGAGGCGCCGACGGUGCCCUACGAAGGCUCCACGGGGCUGCGUCCGUCGAUGUCCCUAUCGCCUCGCACCGACUUCGAUUCGAUGUCGCUCUCUGGACGCGCGAGUUACGGGAUGUAA